UGCUUUGCAAGCCUUUUAAAUUCACUCCUCCCCUGGGAAUAGAGUAAACUCAGCUCACAUACGCUGUGUGCUCUGCUGUCACAGUGUUUACAUUUAUUUUAAUUACGGCACAACCGUGUCGUUUUUAGUAUAGGUUGGAUUUAAAGCUUCAGCAUUGUCCAGUACAUAUAAUAUUGCAACCACGUUUUAUUGAAUAGAUACGAUUUUGAAAGAAAUGGAGGUGCUCCUCCACGAGGAUUUGGCAGCUUUGUCAGAUUUGGAUGAACAAAGUUUGUUGGAAUCCCUGAGUCAACGGUUCAGACAAGAUCGCAUCUAUACCUACAUUGGGGACAUCUUGGUGGCCAUAAAUCCAUUUAAAUACCUUCCUCUGUAUGAGAAAGAGGUAUCAGAGAGCUAUAAGUACCAUGAGAAGACCAAGCUACCUCCUCACAUAUUUGCUGUGGCAGACAGGGCCUACCAGUCCAUGCUGGGACGGUUGGCCACAGGACCCCGAAACCAAUGCAUUGUGAUCAGUGGGGAGAGUGGAGCAGGAAAGACGGAGAGCACCAAGCUGCUGCUCAGACAGAUCAUGGAGCUGUGCAGAGCCAACUCUCAGCUGGAGCAACAGAUAUUACAGGUGAAUCCUCUGCUGGAGGCCUUUGGCAAUGCCCAGACUGUGAUGAAUGACAACAGCAGUCGCUUCGGGAAGUACAUUCAGCUGCGCUUCCACAACUCCUCAGUCAAAGGAGCUAAGAUCAACGAGUACCUCCUGGAGAAGUCUCGUGUGGUCCACCAGGAUGAGGGCGAGAGGAACUUCCAUAUCUUCUACUGCAUGCUGGCGGGCAUCACCCCGGAAGACAAAGACAUGUAUGGACUCCUGGACCCCACGCAGUACAGGUAUCUGAAUGGGCGGUAUGGCUCGGAGGACAUAGUAAGGAAAUGGGGGGAGAAGUACAGUGAGGUGUGUAACGCCAUGGACAUGGUGGGAUUUGAGGAACAGGAGAAGGUAGACAUGAUGACCAUUCUAGCAGGGAUCCUUUCUCUGGGAAACAUCAUGUUUGAGCCCACAGAGACCGACGCUCUCAGGGUCACCGACAAGUCCAUGGGCUGGCUCAAAGCCACAGCUGGUCAGUUUGGGGUGCAGGAGGAGGAGUUGCUGAGGAGUCUGACCUGUACUCUGUCUGUGAUGAGAGGAGAGGCCAUCCGCAGGCUGCACAACCAGCAGCAGGCUGAGGAUGCCAGGGACUCCAUCGCCAAAGUGGCUUACGGGAGAGUAUUCGGCUGGAUCGUCAGUAAAGUUAACGAACUGCUGGCUCCCAACGUUGACUUUGACGUUGAGCUCAGUGAAAUAGGUAUCCUCGACAUCUUCGGGUUUGAGAAUUUUGCUGUUAACCGUUUUGAGCAGCUCUGCAUCAACCUGGCCAAUGAACAGCUGCAGUACUUCUUUAACCAUCACAUCUUUCUGAUGGAGCAGAAUGAAUACAAGGAGGAGGGCAUCGAGUGGGAAUCCAUUUCCUUCAAAGACAACAAGCCUAUCCUGGACCUGUUCCUCACUAAACCCAUUGGAAUCCUUUCUCUCCUGGAUGAGCAGAGUGCCUUUCCCCAGGCGUCAGACAGAGACUUUGUGGACAAGUUGAACAGUAAAUUUAAAAAGCAGCCCCCACUAUGAAGUGGUCCGGAGUCACAGCCCCUCUUCACUGUGGUUCACUAUGCUGGGAAGGUCCAGUAUAAUGGACUAGGCUUUCUAGAGAAGAACAGAGACACCAUCCCAGCCAGCAUCAGAAGCCUCUUCAUUAACAGUGUCACGCCCCUACUCAGUCUCCUCUUCGCAGCCACAAUCUCCAGAACAGGCACCUUGAUGCCACGCAAAGCCAAGCUCAUGCAAAAGGCAGAUGACAACUUUAACUCAACUAGGAAACAGUCGGUCGGGGCCCAGUUUAAGCACUCUCUUGCUGUGCUGAUGGAGAAGAUGUUUGUUGCCAGUCCUCACUUUGUCCGCUGCAUCAAACCUAACGGCAGCAAGCUUCCUGAUCAGGUGGACAACAAAAUAGUCAUGGACCAGCUAAGGUACAACGGCCUGCUAGAAACCAUCAGGAUACGAAGAGAUGGCUUCUCCUGGCGACCAUCGUUCAAAGAAUUUGCUCAGAGGUUCAACAUUCUGCUGAUCAAGCCAGAUUUACCACUAACCAAGGAAAGCUGCAUGUCCAUCCUCAACACUACUGAGAUACAUGGCUGGAAGUGUGGCUCGUCUCGUAUGUUCUUUAAGUAUUGGCACCAGGAGGAGUUGGCCAGGCUGUUAGAGAGACUUGGCAAGGCAGCACUUGUCAUCCAGAAAGACUACCGUUCACUGCGCUGCAGGAGGAAGUACCUGUCCUUGCUGGUGGAAGUGCACAGACAGAGGCAGGCCCAGAGAGAGAGGGCAGAGAGAGAAGCCAGGGAGGAGGAGGAGGAGAAGAGGAGGGAGCGGGAGCUGGAGGAGGAGAUGAGGAGGCGACUGGACAUGGAGCAGGAGAACAAGAGGCCAUUCUCUCCACCUGUGCCCCUACCCAGGAAAAAGAAGCCACAGCCCCAGCCUCGCUCUACCCUGCCCACUGCCACCCACCUGGCUCCUGUCCCACGGCCCCGCAGCAAACAGUUUGAGGCCACUCCCUUUGACAACCUGGAGGUGCAUAUUGAACUGGCUGAGCUGGUGGGCCAGGUAGGGGGAGAGGAGCGAGCUAGGGAGAGGAGCAAGAAGAGGAAGAACACCAUCCGCUGGUUCAAGGAGACGCAGGCCCGCAAGGUGGUCCACAAUGGAGCCUUCCCCUGCUGGUUCCAUGGCAUGAUUACACGCAGACAAGCAGAGGAUUUGAUGACGGACAAGCCUGUGGGCUGUUUUCUGAUUCGUGUGGGACAGAGCCGGGAGGGCUACACACUAACAUAUAAGGGGGCGAACCGGUGCAGGCACUUUAUGAUUGAGAUGCAGUCCAACGGGAAGUAUGUGAUCCUGGGGGAGGAUAAAGCCCACCCCUCCCUGCCUGAUCUGGUGCAACACCACAGCCAGGUGGGCAUCAAGCCCUUCAACGAGCUGCUCAGCACGCCCUGUGGACAGACAUGUGACCAGAACACAGACUACGAGGACUUGAAGGGCCUGGACCUCCUGGCUACAGCCAACCACGGGAGCCCCAAGUCUGGGGAGGAGGGUGAGUCAACCCCCGACUCUGUCCACCUGGAGCUCCAGCGGCUCUUCCUGCCCCCGGGGCAGGGCCCCAGCCUGGAGUCCCAGAGACCACCUGUCCUCAGGCGGAUAUCUGACCGAAGACACCGGGCCGUGGCUGGAGGAGGGGAGGCCCGUGGAGGGAGUAGAGGGGAGAGAGGAGAGGGGGAAGAAGAGGAGGACGAGACUGACCACAAGAGCAGGUCGUUCCCCCGGUUGUAUCCUUCCAUCCGAUUGGCUAUGAGGGAGAUCCAACAGCAUUUUCCAGAUGGCCAGGAUCAGAGCCCUCUAUCUCUCACAGUACCACCAACCCCUCCUGGAGGAGGACCGAUUCAUAACCCAUGGGAUGGAGGGAGUUAAUGCUAUUUGUUGUUUUUCCCCAACUGAAUGAGUUAACUGGACCAUAUUCUGUCUAAGCUUUAUCCAUGAACAAAUUAUAAGGAGAUACAUCCUUGUUUACUAGUAUUUUAUUUUGUAACGAUUUAAAUUGAUGUGUGUUAAGGGGUUUUAUGUUUCUGAUUGUAUUGUUUGUUUAUUUAAAUGUAAAUUAUGCAGUGGGAAUGUUUACAUUCUGUGAUUUACUGAAUAUUUUUAUUUGUUUACAUUUUAGAUAUCUGGUUGUCCUCAAGUUUGUUUUUUCCCCCCAUCAUAAUAAAAUCUGCAUGAAAAUGCUUCGGUGUUAACACA